AUGAUUAAUAAUAAUAAUAAUAAUCCAUCGAUUUUUUUCAAUAUAUCUAUUCAUGCACCAUUUGAAACAUUAAAUCGAAUAUUAUUUUCACUUUUUAUUUGUGGAUGUUUAAAUGAUCCAAUUAGUGGUCUAAUCUUUUCUUUAUCAACUAUUCAAACAUGGAAAUUUAUUAUUGAAAUUCCUUAUUCAGAUGUGUCUGGUGUUGAUAUUCAAGAAAAUUUCAAUCAAAUUUUACCCAUUCUUUCUAUUAUUUCACCAUUAACAUUAGAAGAAGUUACUAAUGAAAAUUAUCAAUUAUUAAUUGAUAAAGAAGAAGAACUUGUAGCAAGAUUUUUAAAAGCAUUUGAAAAUGGAACUAUUGAUCGUAUGAUAACAAUAACAAAAACUGGUCGUGAAAUACCUGUUAGUUUUGAACCAAUAACUAAUAUUAAUGAAUGUCGAACAUAUAUUUAUAAUUGUAUUCAAAAAUAUGCUCCAGAAUUACCAAAAAAAUAA